AAGAGAACUCAGUAACUUUAACAUCUUGCAGGAACUUCUGUAAUCAAAACAGCUCAACUUUCUGGUGUUUUACAAGCAGCAAUGGUCCCAGGUGACGUCAGCCUGGGUUUCCGAAGGAAUAACUUUCUAAGCAAAGGGCAGCGGUGAAUGGAAGACUCUGAGAUCUGUGCAUUAAUGUGAAGUGUAAGGAAAAAACAACAAGCAACUGCAAGAUCAAUUCACUGUACAUUUAAACGUAUUCCGCAAACAACCCGUUUCAUCAAACUCGGCCCAACAAGUACCCCACAGAGCAGGUUAUGUUAGGUUGCAGUGCAUAAACAGCUUAUAACGCCUGCAAUGCAGUUUGCCAGUUCGGUCGAUGGACAACCGAGUCAUGGAGGAAGGAGUUACGAUCAACUGAACCAUUCUUUACCAUCUUACAGAGAAACAGAUAACUGCACGUGUGGCAUCAACUCAAGCAGCCCCACAGCCCUGAGUGUUUCUCUCCAACUGUGUUGUUUUGUCACAUUGUGGGCGCAUGGUUUGGGAGCAGCUGUCCCCUUUGAAGGCAAGUGUUCCACCUAUCCAGGAAGGUGACCUCGGUAGUCCCGGAGAGCUGUCUGCUCAUCAUUCUUGGACUGGCCCUCGGAGGGAUCGUUCUGGCCAUAGCUCAGAGGGCGGAAUUCCAGCUUGAGCCCAGCAUGUUCUUCCUCUUCCUGCUGCCACCUAUAGUCCUGGACUCUGGCUACUUCAUGCCCAGUCGUCUCUUCUUCGACAACAUUGGUGCCAUUCUCAUGUACGCGGUAGUGGGCACGGUUUGGAACUCUUUUGCAACUGGAAUUGCCCUGUGGGGGGUAAAGCUGAUGGGGCUCAUGGAUCCGCAGGUGGAAGCCGGUUUGAUGGAUUUCCUGCUUUUCGGAAGCCUCAUUUCGGCGGUUGACCCUGUUGCUGUGUUGGCCGUGUUUGAGGAGGUGCACGUGAACGAGACGCUGUUUAUCAUAGUAUUUGGAGAAUCGCUGCUCAAUGACGCUGUCACAGUGGUUUUAUACAAAGUUUUCAAUUCUUUUGUUGAGAUGGGUCCGCGGAACGUCCAGGCUACAGAUUACAUGAAAGGAGUUGGCUCCUUCUUCGUGGUGAGUCUCGGAGGUACGGCUGUUGGCCUAGUCUUCGCCUUCCUGCUCGCACUGAUCACGCGUUUUACCAAGCGGGUGCGCAUGAUAGAGCCGCUCUUCAUCUUCCUGAUUGUGUACCUUGCCCACCUGACCGCAGAGAUGGUCUCGCUUUCCUCUAUACUGGCGGUGACUUUCUGCGGCUUAUGCUGUAAGAAGUAUGUAGAAGCAAAUAUCUCCAACAAGUCCAGGACCACCGUCAAAUACACAAUGAAAACCUUAGCCAGCAGCUCCGAGACCAUCAUCUUCAUCUUCCUGGGAAUCUCUGCGGUGGACACAUCCAAGUGGACGUGGGAUUCAGCUCUUGUCCUCUCCACCCUCAUCUUUAUCCUUGUGUUCAGGGCCAUCGGUGUCGUGCUGCAGACUUGUGUUUUAAAUCAUUUUAGACUCCUCCCACUGGACCGGAUAGACCAGGUUGUGAUGUCUUACGGUGGCCUGCGUGGGGCAGUUGCUUUUGCACUGGUGAUCCUGCUGGACGGAAAGAAAGUCAAGGCGAAAGAUUACUUUGUGGCCACCACAAUAGUGGUGGUGUUCUUCACUGUAAUGUUCCAGGGUCUGACCAUUAAACCUCUUGUAAAGUGGCUGAAAGUGAAGAGACGAGACCACCACAAGCCAACCCUAAAUGAAGAAUUACAAGAGCAUGCCUUUGACCACAUUAUGGCGGCUGUAGAGGAUAUCAUCGGCCACCAUGGUUACCACCAUUGGAGAGACAAGUGGGAGCAAUUUGACAAAAAGUAUCUGAGCCAAUGGCUGAUGAGGAAAUCUGCGUAUCGAAUCAAAGAUGAAAUAUGGGAAGUUUGCUACAAACUGAACAUCCGCGACGCUUUAAGUCUGGCAGAUCAGGGAGGUCAUAUACUGUCCUCCGAUAGACUGUCUUUACCGUCAAUGCCGAGUCGGGCCUCCAUGUCAGAGACUUCUGUGACCAACCUUUUGAGGGAGAACGGCAGCAAGGCCUGUCUGGAUCUGCAGGCCAUUGACACGGUGCGCAGUGGGAGGGACAGGGAAGAUGCCGUCAUGCAUCACGUGCUAAGAGGAGGCUUAUAUAAACCUCGCCGGAUGUGCAAAGCCAGCUACAGCCGCCACUUUAUGACCCAGGACGAGCAGGAGCGCCAGGAAAAAGAGGUUUUCCAGAAGAAUAUGAAGCGUCGGCUGGAGUCUUUCAAAUCCACAAAACACAACAUCUGCUCCUCCAAGUCACGUGUGAAGAAAGAUGGACGCAAGAAGAGAAGAGCAAGUAUAGAACUAGAGACCCGUAAUGGACGACAAAGUAAAGUAGUGAGCUGGGAAAACACCGCAUCUAUCGUGGUGACCGCUGAUUCGGAAGACGAUUGCUCAGAUGUUGAGGUGGAGGAGGACGAGGGUAUAACCUUUGUGGCUCGAGCGACAGAUGAGAUCCUCCACGGUGUUAAAGUCUCAGGAAUGUUGGGCGUCUGCCAAAGUCCACGAAUUGUCCCUCCGUCACCGACCAUGGCGGAGAAAGUGCUCCCAUGGAAAGGGGAACCGGAUGAGAACACCGUCCGCAUCUCCUCUGAGACUACAAAAAUAGUGCCCGUGGACCUACAGAGGUCCUGGAAGCAAAGCAUCUCCUCACUAGAGAGUAUCGGUUCUCCGCCAGCUCCAGACUUUCACUUAGAGGGAGCAAAGUCUUUGAGGCAGGAUGCCCGGAGUCCUCCUAUCCUUCAGACGCUGCCAGAGACAUGUAGCUGUUUCCCUUUUACUAAUUCUCCCUCGCAAGGAGUGAAAAGUCACUUUGACCCCACAGCCCCACAGCAGCAAGAACUUCAGCCAUUAAUGCCUAGAGGAGACUUUUCUUCUGGCUUUAGUCCAGUGUCCAGCAGACACAGCCAUAGUAAGAGACUACUGCAGCUUCAUCGGUCUUCUAAAAUCUAAUACUGUUUUCUAGAUUAGGUCUGGCUAAUAGUAUACCAGAAAUCCGGCCAGGAUGACCGUUGUUGUGGCUGCUGGUCCUCCAAAGUUUCCCUGGACCUAGAAGUACAACCUGCAGACGAAACGUGUCAGCGGUGCUGGGUUGCUCAUGCGUAAGGUGGAAUCUGCUUUUAUUGGAGUACAUUUGGCCAAGUGCGCUGAGCACAACCACUUUCUACAGAGCCAGUAAUGUCUCUUCAUUCAUGGAGCUGAUUUUUAUUGAAGUUUCGGUAACCAAAUCUCACUGUAACAUUUACACUCUCCGAGUUCAUAGAUCAGAGGCCAUUGAUUGAAAUUACUAUUGGGCUCAAAACUUUCCUUACGAACAUACUUUUUGAUGUGCCCGCAGGCACCCCACGGCGACAGCGAUGAAAGUUUGUUUACAUUUAAUGUCUGUAUGAACAGACACUUGGGACGCUUUAGGAAUUUAUACAAUGUGUGGACCUGAUUUCAUUAAGUACAUUUUUAUACGUAUUCUGUACAGGAAUUUACAAGGUAGCAGGUCCUAUAUAGUUGUAUGUUUCUUUAUUUCACCCUCAGCAGAAUUGAAUAAUUAUUUAAUGAGAGAGAGAGAAACUUUUUGUUGAGGAAAAAAAUGUAUGUAGUUUGUUUUACAUAGAGGUGCGUUUGACACCACGAUCUUCUUACAUCAUUAUGAGAGUCACCAGCUUUUUAAUGAUAUAACUCUCAGUCUUUGGCUUCCUGCUGCUUCCAUUACCUUCCUCACAUCAUGUCAUUGCACCUGUCACAUACACCCCUGUCCUCACUGACACAUCAAUCAUCUCCUGAUAUACUCUGUGCUGCUGGGGACCCUGCUCCUUCCACCAUAUAACUCUGUCUGUGGCUUCCUGCUGACUCUAUUCCCCUCCCUUACAUCAUGUCACUGUCCCUGAGACAUAUAGCCCUUUCUGCCUCAACACAUUACUCAUCUCCUGAAAUACUCUGUGCAGCUGGAGGACCCUGCUCCUCCCACUAUAUAACUCUUAGUCUGUGGCUUCCUGCUGCUUCUAUUACCUUCCUCACAUCAUGUCACUGCCCCUGUCACAUACAGCCCUGUCCUCACUGACACAUCACUCAUCUCCUGAUAUACUCUGUACUGCUGGGGGCCCUGCUCCUUCCACCAUAUAAGGCUGUCUGUCGCUUCCUGCUGCCUCUAUUCCCCUUCUUACAUCUUGUCACUGUCCCUGUCACAUAUAGCCCUUUCCUCAACAACACAUAACUCAUCUCCUGAAAUACUCUGUGCAGCUGGAGGACCCUGCUCCUUCCACUGUAUAACUCUCCGGCUGUGGCUUCCUGCUGUCUCCAUUCCCCUCCUCAUAUCAUGUCACUACCCCUGUCACAUGCAGACCUGUCCCCACUGACACAUCACUCAUCUCCUGAUAUACUCUGUGCUGCUGGGGACCCCUGCUCUUCCCACUAUAUAACUCUCAGUCUGUGGCUUCCUGCUCCUUCCAUUCCUCUCCUCACAUCAUGUCACUGCACCUGUCACAUGCAGCCAUGUCCUCAUUGACACAUCACUCAUCUCCUGAUAUACUCUGUGCUGCUGGGGACCCCACUCCUCCCACUAUAUAACUCUCAGUCUGUGGUUUCCUGCUCCCUCCAUUCCCCUCCUCACAUCAUGUCACUGUCCCUGCCACAUGCAGCCCUGUCCUCACUGACACAUCACUCAUCUCCUGAUAUACUCUGUGCUGCUGGGGACCCCACUCCUCCCACUAUAUAACUCUCAGUCUGUGGUUUCCUGCUCCCUCCAUUCCCCUCCUCACAUCAUGUCACUGUCCCUGCCACAUGCAGCACUGUCCUCACUGACACAUCACUCAUCUCCUGAUAUACUCUGUGCUGCUGGGGUACUCCGCUCCUCCCACUAUAUAACUCUCAGUCUGUGGUUUCCUGCUCCCUCCAUUCCCCUCCUCACAUCAUGUCACUGUCCCUGCCACAUGCAGCCCUGUCCUCACUGACACAUCACUCAUCUCCUGCAUGUGUAUAAUGAAUGAAAUCCAUACCAUCCUUUCUGCUGAGAAGUAUAGCAGGCUGUCAGUCCCUCUGUGUCUGCUGCAUUACAGAUGCACUAGAGUUCUAACAUGGCAGCAGCCUUCUGUGGGGGAAAUGAAAAGUGCUCAUGAUGGGAAAAAAAUUUAUGUAUAUUAAUCAGCCCAGCAACACUCAGUAUUUGACUUCUAUUAGUGUCAUACAGUGUCUUCACUUGCUCUUUAAUGAAUGUUUACAGUAUAUACUCGUGGAUAGCGAUAUCUAUGAAUUAGAAUGGACAUGUCUCCUGUAUGAAAGCAGAGCUGUGUGCUUGUAGCACCAGAAUAAACUGCUUUUCUAGCUGGUUACUGGAAUCUGCCCAAAAGGAGAAUCUGGCGUGUGACGGGGUAAUUAACUAAAACCUGAUCUGCCCUCUAUUAUCAAUAAAACACUUUUCUACAUCCCCAGAAAAAAAGCAAAGCCCUGUGAUGAAUCUUGGAAACAGGAGGCCUUUUUUCCCUUUCUCACGCUUUAUAAACCUGUAUUUCUAUGGUGGCAGCAUAUGUAUAUAUAUAUGUAUAUAUGUAGCGCUUUAUAUCUGAACAAUAUUUAUUACAGUAUGAUCUGACUCCAUAUAAACAAUAACGAUUUCCUUUGUGAGAGAAAAUAAGAAUUUACUUACCGAUAAUUCUAUUUCUCGGAGUCCGUAGUGGAUGCUGGGGUUCCUGAAAGGACCA